CGGUACCACCAGUUAGCUUUUCAUAUGUUUCAUUUUCAGUUUAGUUUUUAACGUCAGGAAACUCGUGAUAGCUAGUUACCGCCGACGAAUAACUUCUCCGCCAUAAGAUACGGAAGAGAAACGUGUUUGCAAUGUUUGCGCCCAGAGGUUCCUGUUAACUGGUAACUAAAGCUGAUAGCUAACUGCUAACAGCUAGCAUAGCUAUCUAACGAUUUCGCCGGUACAGGCGGACCUCUUUGUCUGACAGGGGAAGGCGUGCUCUUUUGUUAGGCUUUUCCCUUUGUCCUUUCGGGAAAGAGGAACUGUUGGGUCAGGAUUUCACAGUUAUCUGCAGUUCUGAAAGUAUUUAGAAAAUGCAAAUCGCGAAAAAAUACUUCACAGAAGGCCUGAUUCAGUUAACGAUCUUACUCAGUUUGAUUGGAGUUCGCGUGGACAUCGACAGCUACUUAAGCGGCUACUAUUCGCCUCUGACAGAGAUUAACUUGGGUGCUAGCUCAGCCUACAUCCAGACACCCUUUCACAUUUUGAGAGACACUCUUGACGGAAACAGUGUGCACCCAAAAUGUCCCGAGUUGGACUAUUUCUUUGCAAGUCGCCGGCUGCUAGACGAAGUGAGGACUCUGGGUUCACCGCGGUUCCCCACACAGCUGAACGCAUGGCUGGUGCACCAAGUGUCUGCCACUGACAAGGCUGACAGUGGGCCUUCAACCAGCAACAACACUGACUCCAACACAGGGUUAGAAAGCCCUGGAGACGAGGCCAGGGAUGUCAGCGAACACCUGCCUGCCAGUGGCCAAGAGGUGUGCCAGACAAACCCUGAACUCGGACAGGGGCCUUGUGGCGCUGGAGCCUGCGGUUUUCUUAAAGAGGAGGUUGAUGCUAAAGUUAAAGAGGAGGAGGAACCAGCUCCACUCACUCAGCUGGCUCACAGUUCCACACUGGAACAAGAGAGUCUCCUUGAAGGCAUCACUGCACUGUCCAAUCCAGCACGUCCCCAUCCUCUUACCAUUGAUAUUGACCAGCACUGGAGCAAUUUACUCUCUGUUGCCGACCUUGACGACUUGGACUCCUUGGUUACCGAGCGUCUGUCAGACCUCGAUGGUGACAUCACCAGCGCCAUCAGCCAGGAUGUCAGUUUGCAUGAUGCUAUGGUGUCUAGUGCUGGAGUCUUUGAUGUCGCUUCUGGAAGAACAGAGUCCAGGACAGUCAACCAGCAACGAACCCUCUUCCGACUGGAAUCCACUGGCUCUUCGCACUCAGAUGCUUCACCAGGGAUGGCUCUGGGCCUCGCCGCACUCCCCUUUGCUUCAGUAUGUAAUUUAAGUGGAAAUGUGUCAUCACAUAGUACAUUGGGUGGCUGCCUGGAUGAGGCAGUGUUUGAUCAGAUCAAUCAGCUAGGUCUGGAAGGCCUGGACACGAUGGACACCCAGCUGAUGAACUGUCUGGAGAGCAUAGAUCCCCAGGUCCUCGAGGACUUGGACUCAGACUCCGGUCUCUCCUUGGAGAGCAGCUCUGGAGGUCCAGUCUCUCCAGGCUCAUCUGAGAUGUCAUCGUCGUCCAGUUCAUACUGUGAAGAUGAGUGUGGAGCUACAGGCUACAGCAGUGAAGUGGAGUCACUUCCCUCCAAGGGCAUCCUGGAUUACAACUCAGCAUGGUCACCUGUUGAUCUGAGUGAGAGUGUGUGGCAUGACCACAGCUACUCGUCUCCUGCUUUCUUCAACCAGCCAUCAGUUACACUGUCCCACAAAAGCAUCAAAGAAGAGCCUCUCAGCGAUGAUGAUGAUGGGUCACAGUUGGAAGAACGGGAGCUGAGUCGUGAUGAGCUGCGUGCCCGUGCCAUGUGCAUCCCGUUCUCUGUCCUGCAGAUUGUCAACAUGCCUGUGGAAGAGUUCCUGGAGGUUCUUGAUGGUCACGGCUUCUCCCCAGAACAGGUGACUCUCCUGAGGGACAUCCGCAGGCGCGGGAAGAAUAAGUUGGCAGCACAAAACUGCCGCAAGCGCAAACUAGAUGCAAUCACAGGGCUCCAGGAGGAGGUGGAUAGGCUGCACGCUCAGAGAGACAGACUACUGAGGGAGAAACAGCUUACAGCCAAGACAAUGGGUGCUGUGGGCCAACAGAUAAAGCAGCUGACCAGAGACGUCCUGGCUCGGCUGAGGGAUGAUUCAGGGCGGCCCCUGAACCCAGAGAGAUUCACCCUGCAGUGCGGGGCUAAUGGGAGGGUUGUAGUUCAGCCUGUAAGGCGACCUGCUGUUUCUACAACAGCUGGAAACAAAACAGACAAGAGGAAGAAGGAAAAAAAACAAUGAUGCAGUAUUUCCAGCUGAGACUUGAGUUUUUAGGUUUUUGGACAUUACAGAACUUACUUGCCUGACUCUGGUUUUGGGUUCUCCUCUUUUGUAAAAGUGUGUGUGGAUUCACCACUGUUGGGAGCCUGAAUUGGCAAAAAGCUGCAAAAUGAAAGACACUCAGAACAUAAAUAAAUAAAUAAAAAAAAUCUCUGUAAAUAAAAGGUCUCAUGGGAAAAUGUAGCUUACACACUGGACAUUCUUUGCUUAUUCAAGAUGAACAAGGCAGAAGGGGUGGCUUAAGGGAACAGCUAAGCUGCUGGCAAUGCUAUCAGUCUCUUUUUGUGCCUGUUAACAUUAAAGUCAUCGUCUUAUCAUUUUCACAGACAAGCGUUUGCAAGCAGUCAGGCGUCAGUGUCAACGUGGCCAACAUUGUGACAGUUACUGGAUAGAGAUCUAAAAGGGUGGAUUCUGUUUGUUUGUUUCCAUGUGAUCUUCCCUCUCAGCAUAUACCUACUCAGUAUAAGUAGGGGGUUAAAGAUUGUAUUUAUUAAAGUUUAUGAGGUUAUAUGCAUCACAAAACUGUCAAGGACAGUAUCUUUUUUCAAAAUAAUAACUUAAUGUCAAAGUGAUAAGAAUAUUGGAUCAUUUGCUAUCUAAAGUUUACAGAUUUUUUUGAGACAUUGGAGGGCAUGUUGUAUUAGGCAAAAAAAAAACUGAAGUGACAUUUAAAAACAAGAUUUUCUUCUUUUCCUUACAUGUCUUAAUGACAUACAUUAUACCAAUGAUUGAAAUGACAAGGCCUUAAUUUUCAUUUGAGAAGUAUUUUUGUUAUUGCGCGUGUACAUGAUCCACCUAUGCACAUCAUCAUAACAAAAAUGUUGUAUGAGUCUAUCAUUGCAUGUUUAAAUUAAUAUCGAUUAAUUAGUUUCGAGCACAAUUUGACCUCACCCCUUUCAUUUCAAGUACUAUAGAGUUUUGGCAAGAUUAUAUUCUACCUCACGGCUUAGUUUUUGUUCAUUUUUGGCUAAAUUUAAAAAUGCCCUUCUUUUAGGGGAACUUAAGUGCACUCGUUAAUGACAGAUUCUUCAUUGUUAGUGUGGCCCUAAGUAGACAUAAACUAUCCCAUUUUUAAAAAAAAACAAAUACAAUCACCAACUCUAUUUAAUAAGUUUGAAUGUUGUUUGGAUGUUGCUUUUUUUAUAUUUGAGAUUAUCUGAGAGCAGAGUUGAGUAUUAGAACUUGCCAUUUUUUCAUGGGUACACUGCUUUGUAUCGUCAGCUGAGUGAGUGAGAUAAAUGGAGCAUUUAGUAAAUAAUUUUUUUUUAAGGUUUUUUUUUUUUUUUUCUUUCUGUGUGGUUUGGCGAGAGUUUACUUUGCUGUUUGUAUAAAUUUAAGUUUCCUAAAUGUUUUUCUUUGUUUCUGAAGGCAAAUGUGUUUGAUUGCAUGGUGAUUGUUGGAAGUAUGAUUUUGCUUUGAGAAUUUGAGUUGCUCUUGCAGGUAUUGUUCUUUCUGAUUAAAAAAAAAAAAAAGAUGAA